UGAUUUCAAUCGUAAUUGUGCAGCAGUUUAACGUAAAUGCUUGCGGUGAAAAUCACAUCACUGAAGCUUCUCCAUAAAAGCCGUAUAAUUCGUUUUAGCGCCAGUUGAUAUCACAACGCUAAGCAAACUGGACUUAAAACGCGCUUAAAAAUUAUAAAUAUAAAUUAAUCUUUUAUUUGCGGGAAUGAAAUUCAUAUUAUUGUGCGUGCUUGGUUUUAUCAUAGGCACUAAAGGAGAUCAAUGUAUAACGCCAGAUGAUGAAGACGGAGAAUGUGUAUAUAUUAAGACUUGCAAAUUUUUAAUGGAUAUCUUCAUGAAAUCUGACGUGACAGACAUGGACAUAUAUAGAAUAAGAGCUCAUGGUGACGCAUGUCAACAUACGAAAAAAUAUGCAGAUGUGUGUUGUCCCAUCUCAAAAAGUAUGCCACCAGAGACUACAACCACGAAGAUUUACGUAUCGCCGAUUCAGGAAGGCUGUGCCGUCGAUCGUUGUGUUAGCAUAUAUAACUGUAGUGUCUUAUUACAAAUCGCUAUGAACCCUAAUAUAACAGUAGAAGAUAGGCAAUAUUUACGUGAUAGACAGUGCAAAAAUAACGCUGAUAAAUUUAGUGUGUGCUGCCCGGAACCGGAACUGCCGGAUAAUACAGCGGAGGUGCAAGUUAAAAUUCAAAGGUGCUGGACAACAAAAGACAAACCAGGAUCAUGUGUACCCAUACUUGAGUGCAUGUCCUUACGUAAGCUGUCUGUAAAAUCACACAGAACAUACCAGGAAGCAGAACUUUUAAAACAGAGUAUAUGUGGAACUGAUAAUUUAACUUAUAAAGUUUGCUGCUCCGAAAAUGAAAUUGAAAAGAACAGAGAUCUCUUACCGACAACAGAAGAAUGUGGUAAAUACGAUGCUAUAACAAAUCGUAUUAUUGGUGGUGCUCAAACUGGUAUUGAAGAAUAUCCCUGGACUGCAUUGCUUUUAUACGCAAGUAAAAAUGCAUCGAUUGAAAUUUUUGGUUGUGGUGGUUCUCUUAUUAAUAAAUAUUAUGUUAUUACCGCCGCACAUUGUACAGAAAUAAAUGGCGCACCUGUUAUUAAAGUUCGUUUGGGUGAUUGGGAUAUAACAGAAGAUAAAGAUUGUGAUGGUCACCUUUGUGGGCUACCUGAACGGACUAUAGAGAUAUCUAUAAAUAACAUACUAAGACAUCCAAGAUAUAAUCCAAGAAACUUAGAUUAUGACGUAGCAUUAUUACGUUUGAAAGAUCGUGUCGAAUACACUAGAUUUAUUAAACCCAUUUGUCUGCCAAUGGACGUGAGUCUACGUGGGAAACGAUACGAUGGAAAUAGUGCCACUAUAGUCGGUUGGGGUCUUACAGAAACGAAUCAAUUAAGUGAUAUUAAGUUAAAGGCUACUGUGCAAAUCAUAUACGGAUACAAUGGCAAAAAGUUUAGAGUCCACGAUAGUAAAAUAUAUGCCACUGGUAACGGCAAUGAUUCCUGUCGUGGCGAUUCAGGCGGACCACUUAUGAUCAAGGAAGAGCUAAAUGAAAAUAAAAAUUGGUAUCUAAUCGGCAUAAUUUCAUACGGAAACUUAAAUAAUACAUGUGGAACUGAGGAGUCUAUUGGUAUUUACGCGCGCGUCAGUUCCUUUUUAGAUUGGAUAAAUGAUACCAUAAGUGUGUUGUCCCAUCUCAAAAAGUAUGCCGCCAUAAACCACAACCAUGAAGACUUACGGUGCUGGACAACAAAAGGCAAACCAGGAUCAUGUGUACCCAUACUUGAGUGCAUGUCCUUACGUAAGCUGUCUGUGAAAUCACACAGAACAUACCAGGAAACAGAACUUUUAAAACAGAGUAUAUGUGAAUCUGAUAAUUUAACUUAUAAAGUUUGCUGCUCCGAAAAUGAAAUUGAAAAGAACAGAGAUCUCUUACCGACAACAGAAGAAUGUGGUAAAUACGAUGCUAUAACAAAUCGUAUUAUAGGCGGUGCUCAAACUGGUAUUGAGGAAUAUCCCUGGACUGCAUUGUUGUUCUAUAUAAAUGGAAAAGGAGACAUUGAAAUUUUUGGUUGUGGUGGUUCUCUUAUUAAUAAAUACUAUGUUAUUACCGCCGCACAUUGCACAGAAGAAAAUGAAUAUGAACUUUUUAAAGUUCGUUUGGGUGAUUGGAAUAUAACAGGAGAUGUAGAUUGUGAUGGUCACCUUUUUGGGCCACCUGAACGGACUAUGGAGAUAUAUAUAAAUAACAUACUAAGACAUCCAAGAUAUAAUCCAAGAAACUUAGAUUAUGACGUAGCAUUAUUACGUUUGGAAGAUCGUGUCGAAUACACUAGAUUUAUUAAACCCAUUUGUCUGCCAAUGGAUGUGAGUCUACGUGGGAAACGAUACGAUGGAAAUAGUGCCACUAUCGUCGGUUGGGGUCUUACAGAAACGAAUCAAUUAAGUGAUAUUAAGUUAAAGGCUACUGUGCAGAUCGUUAAAAAAGAAUUCAUAUACGGAAACAAUGGCAAAAAGUUUAGAGUACACGAUAGUAAAAUAUAUGCCACUGGUAACGGCAAUGAUUCCUGUCGUGGCGAUUCAGGCGGACCACUUAUGAUCAAGGAAGAGGUAAAUGAAAAUAAAAAUUGGUAUCUAAUCGGCAUAAUUGCAUACGGAAACUUAGAUAAUACAUGUGGAACUGAGGUGUCUAUUGGUAUUUACGCGCGCGUCAGUUCCUUUUUGGAUUGGAUAAACGAUACCAUAAGAACUUAAUCAAUAUUAUUUAUAGUUCGAAUAAAACUAUAGUAACGAAAUAUUAAUACUUACGGGUUAAUUUUGAAAAUAAUUGUAAUUUUUCCCGAUAUAAUUUAUUAUAAGAGUAUACAUAUGUAUAACGUGUGUUUUUUGAGAUAUAUAAAACUAUAGUUUUCAAUAAAGUGCAAUCAUUUGAAAGAAAUGU